GGGGACAACAGACCCGACAAAGAACUGUAUUGAGUUGAAUUCUCAGCCUGUAGGACUGGAGAGGAUCAAUAAAACAAUUUACGUGGGAACAAUGGAUGAAUCUCUACACUGCUACACAUCUAAGGGUAAGAAGUUGUGGACAGUAAAGCUACCGGGGAGUAUGACGACUAUGGAGGUGAUAGACUACAAGAGUAAGGGCUUUAAGGCGGUGAUAGUGGCCCUCAAUAACUGUCAGGUCCACAUCUAUAAGGAGAAGUACCUUGUCAACGUCAUCAAGACGGACGACGUCGUCACCGGGCUCAAGUUCGGACAGUUUGGCCGGGAGGAAGGAACUCUCAUAAUGACCUUGAAAGGUGGAGGGCUGAUGAUUAAGAUUCUGAAGAGGAAUGCCACGUUUGAGGAGAAGGAUUUGUCUGGGGGUCCCCCCGCCGCUCAGAACUCUCGCCUCAACGUCCCGAAGAAAACCAAACUGUUUGUGGAUCAGACCAUGAGGGAGAGAGAAAGCGCUGUCACCAUGCACAGGACGUUCCAGAGGGACUUGUAUCUACUGAGGCUGAACACACUUAGGGAGUACGCCAAGUCCUUAGACAACAGCAUGAAUCCCAUCUCAUCUGAUCCCACCGAGCCUCUCAAACUCAAUGCUCAGGUCCAAGGAAUUGGUCCUACCUUCAAACUAACAGUCAAUCUACAGAACACGUCCCUCAGUCAGCCCUCCACCAGUCUACUGAUUACGUUCUUAUACGAUGAGAAACUGUACUCCUUCAAAAAAUCCUUCAUUGAGGUGCCUAUGCUGGUUCCCGGCCUGAAUUAUGCCUUUGAGACGUUUGUUGAAUGUUUGAGUGACAAAGGGGUCUCAGACAAUAUCAAGGUGUUUGUUCUGAAGGACGGGAAGAGUGUUCCCAUCAUUACAGGGGUCAUCAGCAUGCCUGUCAGCGAGGGAUUGGUGGUGGUCUGAGGUCACCAGAGGUCAACUAAGGUCAUACACCUACACCCACGCCAAACCUAUUUUUCUCUUUUGGUGUGAAUUUCAGUCAGUGAAGAAACAUUUUCUGAAAUGUACAAUUGAACUUUUAUUCCAUGAUGGAAAUAUUAACAUUCAAAAUAUGAACUGCUUAUGUGCAAUGAUAAAACAUUGAGAUAACCGAAUUUGUAAUUUUUUACAGGGUGAAUGUUAUCUUUCU